AUGAAUCUACAAUAUGCUUACACUACAAAUAUACAAACUGGUGUAAAAACUCCGCUUAGUAUUUAUCAAGGAGCUUUGUUUUUAAUUCAUCAAGAAAUAUUGUUGGGCGCACUUGGAAUCUUUGCAUUGUUAGUAGGAUUUGUAAUAACGUUUUUUCUUUUAUAUCAAUUCUAUUUGAUUUAUUGUGGUACAACUUCAAAUGAAGCUUUUAAAUGGGAAGAUUUAGAUGAAAUAAUUUCUAAUGAUGAAUUAUGGGUUUAUGACGGAAAAACCCCUAAAAAUAAACAAAACAACAUGUUACCAUCGUCAAUAUCAUUGUCAUAUAAUAACAAUGAUGAUGAGAAGACAUCAAUGAAUAAUAAUAAUAAUUCUAAAAAUAAAAAGAAAGCAAAAAGAAAUAAUGCCGGAAAAAAUAAUAAUAAUGACGAUGAUAAUAAUAAGAAAGAAGAAAAGUUUUUUGGAAGAAGAACUACUGCUAUGUCUAUUUACUGGAUUCAGCCAAAUAUCAAGAAACGUCAAAUAUCCACUGAUAGUAAAAAUAGUAAAAAUGUAAACGGUAAUAAUAACAAUAGUAAUAAUAAUGGUAAUGAUGUAAAUAUACCAGAUUCAAUAAUACCUUUAAAUAGUAAAAGUGGAAGCAGUAAUCAACAUGGCAAUGAAGAAGUAAAUAAUCAGGAUGUUAACUAUAAUAAUAAUAGUGACAACAAUAAGAAAGUUAUAGGAAGACCAAUAAAAUCAUUAAAAGAAAUUAAAAAUAUUUAUGAUAAAGGACUUUUCGGAAACAUUUCUGAAAUCUUUAAUGGUAAUAUAUAG